AGUUCCUAAUUACAUCUAUUGAAUGGCGGAGAGUUUCUGAGAAUCGAUUAACGAUCUCAUCAUCUGCCUUCUGCCCUAGCACUCACCGGAAAAUCGUAUUCUGAUCUUGCAAGAUCCACCUACCUCCGCCUAUCACCACCGCGAUCUCGCCUCCAAAGUUUCUUCGACUUCCGCUUCUCCUAUAUAUCUCUUCCUCAAAUCCCCUUGAGGCCGAUAGUUCAUUGGUCUGUGGAUUGAGCUCUAGAGUUAUAUCAGGUUCUUGUGCUAGAGUAUGAAGAAAUUGUUAAUCGCCAGUGUACUUUUGUACUGCAUAGUAGCCUAUCGCUUCAGAUUUGAAGUUUAAUAAUUUUGUUCCUUUUGGCUAUAACACAUUACUCCCUAUCUCAGGUGACAAUAUUGUCUCCAAAAGAGAGAUAUGAAGACAAUUGCAGCAGUUUUUGUAGCAGUCUUGCUUGUGGUAUCUGAACUGCCACUCGGGCUUACCUUCUCACCUACAUCCCCUGCAUUUUUGUGGUCAAACAUCAAAGAAGAAUCUCCUACAAGCAAAGUAAAGGAAGGUGUGAGUUACCAAACCCUUUCUCCAAAGGACUUGGCCAAAUCUGUCAUGUCAGAAGGUGGCUGGUCAAACUUACUGUGCUCUAGUCCAAAACCUGAACAAUCCAUUGAUCUUGCAAUUGUUUUCGUUGGAAAAGAGCCUCUCGAUAUUUCUGGACGUAAACAAGAAGACAAACCACUUUUUAACUUGCUCAGGGCUUCCUUCAUGAGCUCGACAUUUUCCUUAGCAUACCCUUACAUAUCUGCAUCUGAAGAGGAUGAAGCUGUGCAAGAUAAAUUAGUUUCUGAGUUUUCAGAAACAUGUGGAAAUGAUGCAGGAUUAAACAUUGAGAAACUCUCUGACAUCAACUCUGUCCAUAAAUAUGUAGCUUCAAGUAUGGAAAAGAAACCUGAGGGGCAGACACCAGUGGUUGUCUUUACCAAUGAAGGAGAUGACUCUGAAGGGGAAGUUUUGUCAAAGCUGAUGAGUUCAGUGGAGGAGACAGGAGCAAAAUACUCAGUCUUAUAUGUGUCUGACCCUGUGAAUGUCCUGCGUUACCCUUCAUAUCGCCAGGUGGACAGGUUUCUUGCUGAGUCAUCUGGAAAUGCAUCAUCAAACAAUUCCUCAACUUGUGAUGGAGUUUGUCAAAUUAAAUCAUCAUUGUUGGAGGGACUUUUUGUGGGGCUUGUGUUACUGAUAAUUUUGAUUUCGGGUCUUUGCUGUAUGGCGGGUAUCGACACCCCAACAAGAUUUGAAGCUCCUCAAGAUUAAAGUUAAAAUAUCCAACUAUUGUGGUGUUUGCCACUUGUCAUUUUAUUAUUAGUUUGGUCUUUUGAAUGAUUUUGAGGUUUAUUUAUUGUCAAUAAUGGUUUGGUUUGCCUUGUACUGUAUUUCUUCAAACACUUUUUUGUAAUGCCAUAAAACCAACAUAUAUGAAAAUUCACUCAAAAACAUACCAAAGUCAAA